GUGCAUUUUGAUAUUAUGUUGCAGAGAUGGGCAACUCUGGUGGUCCUCGAAGUGUUGUUUUUGUUCCUUUUCCAAAUCGCCAUGUGAUUUAGACCUGGGAUACCAGGUGUAGUGUGUGUGUGUGUGCGUGCCAUUGAAAGAAUCAGCUGACAUUCUGGCCCCAGAGGACUGAAGUUGCCCAUCCUGGUUCCUGAUCUGAGGGUCUUCUCUGUUUCACUUCUACAUUACCAGGUUGAUAAUUAGAAUAACAACUCAAGCGAUUUCUUUUUUAUAAAGUUAAUGUCCUCAAGAUGUGAGUAUGUGUUAGCGUGUGAUCCUGCCAGCAGAGCGUCUGGUGCCGAUGUGUUCAGCUCUACCCAAGCUGUCUGUUCUGGCAAUUACAUCUUCACCUGUUCCAUUUGGUGUUUUAUUUAUAGCUUGUUUGAGGGAUUGUAAUGGUUUGACAUUGGGUGUCUUGAUUGGUCGUAGAGUAGAUGCAUUUCAUCUUCAGUCAAGUUUUGCGCCUCUUGACAUGCCACUUGUACCCCUCCAGUAAUGAAGAGGACUUAUUUCAUGCCGUGGCAUCAUCUGGAACUAACGGGCAUGAAUGUCAGACAGCUGCCAAUAAGAGGCAAUGUUUUUUUUUUUUCUCAACCAUGAUUGGUGUAUCUCAUUUCCUCACACACUUGCCCAAAUUUAGCCACACCUGUUGAUGUACAAUUUACAGUCCUUUUUAACCGGUAUAAAAGCUGUCCAACAGAUUGUGUGAUCCUUGUUUUGGUGUGACAUAGUGAUUGAUUUCGAAGGUGGGAGCAUAGAUUGCAUUGGCCGGAGCCUUUGUUAUUAAAACAAUUUUAGUCUUGAGCUCGAAGGACCGGACCUUUGAAUAUGGCAAGAAGUAUCUUAGGACAUUUUACACAACGAUACUAAUCCCCUCUUCCAGAAUGUAAUAUCCUUUCAUCCCAAUUAUUAAUAGGAUUACAUUUUGAUGUUUGUGAUGCAAUGUGCAACAGUCUAGACAUAUUGAGACAUGCAGUGUUAACCUGAAUGACAAAUGAUUUGGUGUUGGGGUGGAAGAGGAUUUGCUGCAGAUUAUGAAAGUGACAUGUUUGGGAAUAAUAGAAAGGAUAUGAAAUGGACAGUUUGAAUAGAAAAGAUCACGUGGACUGGUCGCCAGCUGCUGCUGAAAUUAUAAUUCAGUGGUGAAAUUCUUUCAGUUCGUUUAGUACUUUGUCACAGACGGAAAACAUGCUGUCAGAUCAUUCUUAUGUUGUGAGAAUAAUCUGUACUUUCCCUAAUCCUUUUUGUACUGAACAAAAAUAUAAAUGCAAGGUGACAUUUUCAACGAUUUUACAGAGUUACAGUUCAUAUAAAUUGUCAUAUUUUGUGUAAAUCAUUCCAGAGCUUUAAAUCAUUAUUUGUAGCAUGUGGCAAAUACAACUGGUGUCGACUUUAUCGUGAAAUGCUUGUUUACGAGCCCUUCCCAACAAUGCAGAGUUUAAAAAGAAAAUAGUAACACACGAGGAAUAAAAUAAAAGACACAAGAAUGGAGCUAUAUACAGAAAGUACCAGUACAUCCACUUAGCCUAACUUCCUGUAAGGUUAUCAGGUUCAAUAAGAGAGAUUGUGGUUGUUGCCAAGAGUGAUCUCACGGUUCUCUUUUCUCACAGCAUUCCUUCAGAGGCAGAGAGGAUUACAUUGAUCACUUCAGUGGAGGUGUCUGGUGAGUGAUGAGACAUGGGUGAUAGUGAGUGACAGGAAUCCAGCAGCCAGAGCCUGUGCAGGGCAGCAACCCAUCCAUCCUCUCCACAGGCAGAAGUCUGGUGACCUUCAAACAACUGGAGUAGCACAGAGAAACAGUGAAUGAUAACACUCUUCCUGGAGGAUGCUGUCGGUGAGUAAUGAUGGACAGACACUUCAUUACACUGGACAUUUUCACAUAAGUAUGGGUGGUGAUUCAAUUGUCUUAUUUAAAAUAAUGCACUGAGAAUUCACUUAGAAGGUAUUGCAUGCAUUCUUUCCGCUUUCAAAACUGUAAACUGUUCAAUUGUGUAUCUUAAAGAAAGAAUGUUCAUGCAAAUAGUCUUUCAUGCAUCUCUUUCUUAUAUACUUGCUCUAGUCUAUAAUCUUUAUAAAAGCAGUAAUUCCGUCAUAAAAGUGAAUCUGUUUGUGUCUAUCAGUAGCAACAUGCAGGAGCAGGAAAAGUGUGUCAGUGAGUGUCGUUCAGUGUGCCAGAGGUACAGAGAAACCCUGGGUGCUGGUCUGUCUCAUGAUCAGGUAUUUAUAGCAGGGGAGGUAUAAAUAGCCCCAGAAUGGAGAAAAACAGAUCCCCUUUAAACCACGAAGGACGCCAUAGCCACAUUACAGCCUGAUUACGAAAGCUGGAGAGAUCCCCACUAGAGAGACUGCAAGAGGCCUGGACAUGCACUUUGACGAACUAGGAUAUGAAGGGGACGACUAUGAGGAUGUGGACACUCAAUACAUGAUUGAACAGAGUCUUCUGGAAUGUAACAAGCAGAAUGAAUCGCAGGAUUCCAGCCUAGGGGAUGAGUGCAGUCAAGAUAUAACAGAUAAUGUAAAAAUCUUCUCCGCCAUCCGAAAAGGUGACGAAGCAGCUCUCCGCCAGCUGUCUGUCAGCCAGAGCGCUUUCUCUGAAGUGGACAACAGAGGCUGGAUCCCCCUACAUGAGGCCGUUAGUCAGAAGAACCAAAAUAUUCUAGAGGUCACCUUUGCAGCGUCGAGUCAAGAUACAGUGCAAUGUCGGACCGACCGGGGAAAGACACCUCUGUUCCUGGCGGUGGAGCGGGGUCUGAUAGAGAACGCCACCUUUCUGCUACAGAAUCAUUCCAGUUCUGACUGCCAGGAUGACGAAGAGGACUCACCGCUAGUUAUAGCUAUCAGAAACGAUCGUCUGGACCUGGCCAAGCUCCUACUGGGGUUCGGUAGCAAUGUGAACCUGGAGGGAUGUCACAGCAGGACCCCCCUCCACGAGGCUGCCAAGCUGGGACGGGAGGACUUUGUGGAGCUGCUUCUCAGGUCUGGGGCCGACCCAGACGCCAGGUCCGACUAUGGGCUCACGCCCCUGGCCCUUGCUGCUCAGUGUGGGCAUGUGAAGGUAGUCCAAGCCCUCGUCCAGAAAGCAGGGGCCAACGUGGAGUCUAUGGCCCAGGAUUAUGCCACAAUCCUAUUUGAGGCAUCUGCCUCUGGCAACCCUGAGAUUAUCUCUCUGCUGUUGGAGUAUGGAGCUGAUGCCAAUGUCCCCAAACACACCGGACACCUCCCCAUCCACAGAGUCUCCCACAGGGGCCAUUUACAAGCUCUGAAGAUCCUGAUCCCUGUGACAACCUGUGACGCAGUAUAUGAGAGUGGAAUGAGCCCCUUACACUCUGCAGCUGCUGGUGGUCACACACAGUGUCUAAAGGCCCUGCUGAAGGCAGGCUAUGACCCCAACUACAUGUUGCACCCCUGGGUCCGACGUAACUACGACGACCAGCGGAAGUCUGCCCUGUACUUUGCGGUGUCCAACGAUGAUGUCCCCUCGGUCAAGCUGCUGCUGGAGGCUGGGGCCAUGCCCAACCAGGACCCUGUCAAGUGCCUACAGGUGGCUCUGAGGUCGGGUAACCUGGAGAUGAUCUACGUCCUGCUGAGGUUCGGAGCCAACGUCAACUACUUCUCCCGCAUCAAUACCACCCACUUCCCCUCCGCGCUGCAGUACGCCUUGAAGGACGAGGUUGUCCUGCGCAUGCUUUGUAACUAUGGCUACGAUGUCCAGCGCUGCUUCGAGUGCAACUACGGUGAAGCGCCCCAUGUUCCUGAUGACUAUGAGGGCUGGACAAAUUCUGUCAUCAACGACUCCAUGUUUUGCGAGGUUAUCUCAGUGUACUGGUUGAAAGAACACUCGGGACACGUGGUGCGUAUCAUGAUGGAUUACGUCGAUCACGUGACCUUCUGCUCGAAACUAAAGGCUGUUCUGAUGGAACAAAAGCAGUGGCCUGAUAUCUGCAAAGUUCAAGAGAACGCUCGCUGUCUUCAGCAUCUCUGUCGUCUGAAGAUCCGGAGCUGUCUGGGCCGACUGCGUCUCAGGGCCCCAGUGUUCAGGCAUUUCCUGCCUCUACCCAACCGGCUCAAAGAUUACAUCCUGUACCGGGAAUAUGAUCUCUUCAGCCAGAAGAUCCUAGUGGGCUGACUGGAAGAAGUACAUGGAGGAUGAGCGAAGAAGAUAGGCCUACAUUAACAAUUAGUCAGUGACUCAGCAAUGCUAUUAGUCAGUUUUUUUACUCUCAGAGGUGCCGUCUCUUAGGGCCAGGGUGCCCGACGUCGAAAUCUUGUGAGUAUUUUUUGGAGGAAGGGGGGCACAUCGAGGCUGAUUUGUUCAUUGUGGCUAUAGCCCCCUAGCUCUACUGUAAUUCAAACCUUGCUAUUAGUCUGUCAGGCAGACGAGCUGAGCUCACUCACAUCAGGUUAAAAGAGUUUACUGUUAUCAUCAAGAGGAAUUUGUUACUUUUCACCUAAAAAAUGAGGGUGGGGCAGGGGGGGAUUGAAGAAUUUUGGUCUGUUUCAGCAUAAAAUAAAACCUUUCUCUUUUUUUU